AUUACGACUUUCGAGUAGGUAAACACAGUUUAAAUACAGGUCAACAAUCGUGUCAGAUUUUCGGAGCAUAUUUUGCCGCUUGUUCGAUUCUCUUGUCCUGAUUCUUGCUUACAAUAAGUGUAUAUUCACAGAUAUUGUGUUUUAUCAACAAUUUUCUUCUAGAAGUUCUCUUUAGAUUAUAAAAUGUUCACGAUGAAUGGAGUGUGCAUUUCAUGCGAUGGGUCUGUUGCGGAGGAUUUGAUUAAUCGAUCGCGCAAAGUUUAUUUCUAUUUACAAAGUAUAUUGAAAAUGUUAAAAAUGGAACAGUUUCGAAGCGAUGAAGUUGCAGAAUGUAUAAAGCUUUAUUUAUCAGAGUCAGAUAUGACUAACAAAGAUUUGUUAAGCAAAAGCAAGAUGUAUUUAGACUUAACAAACAGUUUAUAUGAUCUUAAUAGAAACUGCUUUACCAUGUUUAAUAUUAUGAUAAGAACCAUGGAUAUUUAUUCCGAGUUAAAGAUGGUGCUUCGAGAUACGAAAUUUGAUUGGGAGAAAUACUGGAGCUUUAUAGAGAAAAAUGAUAUAUACGAUGAUGAGGAGAUUAUAAGCAGCGAAAAUGAUGAGGAUGAUUCCGAUUUAGAAUUCAGAUUUGAUCAUUACGAGGCCAAUAUUUUUACGGUGCGCGAUUACUAUUUUCAUUGUAAAGAUGAGCUGUUUCAAUUGGAAAUCAAUAGCGAACAACUCGAAUUACUAAUUGCGUUGAUCCAGGAACAAUUUGUCGCGUUUAAUAACAACAAUUUGCUAUCACAUUUCUUAUUGUUUCGCACUUUUAAAGAUUAUCGCGAGAAAACAAAUCGGUUUCUCCAUAGCAUCAAGAAGAUUUGAAGUCGUGCAAUAUUUGUCAAGUAUCUCUGUCAUGGUGUAUCCACUAAAUAUUCAUAAGUAUAUUAAAUUAAAACGAUUGUUGGUACACUUUGACGAGGUACGUCCUUUAUUUUAUUUUCUUAUUGUUACAAGUUAUGUAAAUUAAAUGAAAUUGCAACUUAAUUUCUUUAGAAAUUUUUAAUUACUUGUUUGCAAUAAUUUUAAAUUUUGUUAUUAACGUUUUUUAAUUAAGUGUCUGUCUCGUUUAAUUUAUUUUCUUAGAAAGUAUUUAAGUCUUAAUAUUCUUCUAAAAGAAAUACUAAUAUAAAAAUCAUUCUCUAAAUAAUAUAUUGAAUACAUAUGAGAUAGGUAAUAUAAUUAUUUCAUUAUUCGCAGUUGUAAUAUGUGCGUAUUUGAUUUUCAUGUUUUUAGUAUCUUAAUAUUAAUAAUAGAAAUACAUCGCCAAAAACACGGAUGCAAAAUGCAAGAAAUAAAAUAAGAAAAGGAAAUUUAACAGUGAUAUUUUCUUCAUACAAUAAAUUUUUUUUAAUACAAUUUUUAUACAAGAAAAAAAAAUAGAAAAGAUGUUUAAUUAGUAUAUAUAACUGUUGUAAGUUAGAGAGUAAUAUAUAUAUAUAUAACAUAUUUGUUAGAUAGAUAAUGUUUUUUAGAAUGUAAAAAUGUUUUAAAUAAUAUAUAUGUAAUAUAAACAUUUUU